AUGGCUGAACAUGGAUUCUCAUACGAGAAUGAGACAGUAAAGAAAACAAGGUAUCAGAUAUUUAAAGAUAAUGUAGCGCACAUUAAGAGGCAUAAUCAAGAAGGAAGUUGUUGGGCAUUCUCAGCCGUUGCUGCCAUUGAAAGCAUAGUAGCCAUCCGAUCGGGCAAGCUAAAAAGAUUAUCACAACAACAUGUUUUGGAUUGUAACUACGCGCAUGAUACCUGCAAGGCCGGAACAAUAGAUGAUGCUUUCGAAUUCGUUAUAAAAAAUGGGGGUCUUGCAUCUGCUAUCGAUUAUCCUUACACUGCAAUUCAAGGAAAAUGUUCCAAUAACAAACCAUCAUCUCUUUCCGUAAACAUCACUAGCUAUAGUGUUGUUCCUCAAAAUAAUGAGAAAGCAUUGUUAAAGGCAGUAGCUAACCAACCUAUCGCGGUUUACAUUGACGCAAGUACCUUCCAAUUUUAUAAGUCUGGAAUUUUGACAGGGAAGUGUGGAACUGGAUUAAAUCAUGGGGUCGUAAUGGUUGGUUAUGGCAAAGAACAUGGGGUGAAGUUUUGGUUGCUCAAGAAUUCGUGGGGAACAGGAUGGGGAGAGAAUGGAUAUAUGAAAAUAAAGAGAAAAGUACAUUCUAAAAAAGGCAUGUGUGGUAUUGCAAUGAUUCCUGUUUAUCCAAAUGCGUGA